CACAUCCUUUCUCUAUUGUUAUCCCUCUUACAAAUAAAGGAAAAUGUCUUUUCUAUGGGACUGGUUUACUGGAGCUCUGGGCUAUCUCGGUCUGUGGAAAGUCCAAGCAAAGCUUGUCUUCUUGGGUCUGGAUAAUGCCGGGAAGACAACCCUCCUUCACAUGCUUAAGGAUGACAGAAUGGGACAACCUGUACCAACCUAUUACCCCACAAAAGAGGAGUUAAGAAUAGAAGGAGUAACAUUCACAACAUUUGAUUUAGGAGGCCAUAAAACAGCUCGUAAAGUCUGGAAGGACUACUUUCCAGCAGUUGAU